UAAGGCGUACGCAAGCGUGGAAGCGCCUCUUUUCCUUUCGGCGAGCCGGUGAAAAUCGUGGUAUCGCCAUGGGCCGCCGCCCCGCCCGAUGUUACCGUUAUUGUAAGAACAAGCCGUACCCAAAGUCUCGCUUCUGUCGAGGUGUCCCUGACGCCAAGAUCCGCAUCUUUGACCUGGGGCGGAAGAAGGCAAAAGUGGAUGAGUUCCCACUCUGUGGCCACAUGGUGUCAGAUGAAUAUGAGCAGCUCUCUUCACUCCAGACAGGUAUGCGGGGUGCCUUUGGAAAGCCCCAGGGCACAGUGGCCAGGGUCCACAUUGGCCAAGUCAUCAUGUCCAUCCGCACCAAGCUGCAGAACAAGGAACAUGUGAUUGAGGCUCUACGCAGGGCCAAGUUCAAGUUUCCUGGUCGCCAGAAGAUCCACAUCUCCAAGAAGUGGGGCUUUACUAAGUUUAAUGCGGAUGAGUUUGAAGACAUGGUGGCUAAAAAGCGGCUUAUCCCAGAUGGAUGUGGGGUAAAAUACAUCCCUAAUCGUGGCCCCCUGGACAAAUGGCGGGCCCUACACUCAUGAGUGUUGGCACUGCCCCCUCUUUACGCUCACCAAUAAAAAGUAUACUUCUGUCUG